AUGUCACAAGCUCCAGAGAUCCCAGAAAUCACCGAUUCUAAAGGCAUUUCCCAAUAUGUCUAUGAGCUGAGUGCAACCCCAUAUCCAGCAUGGGCUCUUGCCGCUGGUCUGGUUACAACGCCUUUGAUACGACCAACUCUAGUGCCGGCUGCAGCGGUGGAUGCCGCACCAAAAUCAACGUUCGGUUUUGGCGGAAGUAAGCUAGGUGUCAAAUACCCAGGACUAUCGUAUCCUACCAAUUUGUCGUGUUUGCUAUUCGGGGCCACAUCUGCAUUGGGUGGUUAUAUGAUCUAUGAUAAUGAUUUGCAGAAUGGCUCUGGGUUCCUGGCAGUGUGGUCGCUGCUGUAUCCAAUUGUGAAUGGUCGUAAGGCGAUAUGGACUCUGAAGCUGUGGCCCAAGCUGCUGGCAGGUCAGGCCUUGAUCAACGCUGGCCUUUAUGGGAGAAGGUUUAUCUGGCCUUGA